AUGUCUGAACGUCUCCAAGAAGUCGCCGAUAUCCCAAGACAGUUUGUCAAGGAGGGUACUCAGUUUGUGAACAGGUGUACCAAGCCCUCAGCAGAAGAGUACAAGCAGCUCUGUCGCGCCAUCGCCAUCGGUUUCGGUGUCAUGGGCGUUAUCGGCUACGUUGUCAAGCUUAUCCACAUUCCUAUUAACAACAUCCUCGUCGGUGGUGCUUAA